AUGGGAGCUGGACAAUCACAAGCGACUACCCCGAUUGCACCGCCUGUCCAAGAGAUUCCUGAUGGGGAACGAAUCAAAAACGCACGACGCAACAUAGCUCAAAUCAGUGCUAAUGCUUCCGAGUGCCCUUCCGCCGGUGGAGGAUCUUACUCGGAAUGCCCAUCAGCAGGAGGAAAUGCUGCUGGAUGCCCAGUAGGAAAAGAAAAUCUAAAUCCAUUAAAUAACGAGUUAGAGCAUCCUAAUCAAAAACCUGCGCCUGAUCAGCCUUUCCCAUUACCAACAAACAGAGAAAAAUCAACUAUUCCUAAAGCCUCAGCUGAUAAUGAAACUUGGACAUACCCAAGUCCGCAGAUGUUUUGGAAUGCCAUGUUAAAAAAAGGCUGGAGAUGGCAGGAUGAUCAGCUAUCGGAGAAAGAUAUGCUUAACAUUAUCAGGAUACACAAUGCUAAUAACGAAGAAGCCUGGAGAGAAGUAAUGAAAUGGGAAAAUCUUCUUCAUCCUGAAUGCUCAGCACCAAAACUUAAAAGCUUUAAAGGAGAUGCCAAGAAUUUCUCACCCAGAGCUCGUAUGCGUAAACUAUUAGGAUAUGAGUAUCCUUUCGAUAGACAUGAUUGGAUUGUUGAUAGAUGUGGCACAGAGGUACAAUACGUGAUUGAUUAUUAUGAUGGAGGAGCAGUAGACCCAGAUUCAAAGUUGUUCACUCAUCUCGAUGUACGACCAGCUAUGAACAGACCACAAAAUAUUUGGGAUAGGAUGGUUGUUGCAUAUUGGAGAUUCAAAUUUGAGACUUUGGGUAUGACACCAAGCCUUCCCAUUCCUCCAGUAGAAGGCGGAGCAGAAGCUCAUCACAAAUGA